AUGGCUGGACAGCUUCAGCAACAGCAGAUGAAAACUUCCUUCCUCUUCAUCCAGCUGCAGGCUCCUCCAGCCUGCGCUCUCCCCACCCCGUCUCCAGCGGCAACCCCAGGGGGCCUGGAGGAGGGACACAGUUUCCCAAGUCCCAGGACAGACUUCUUGGCAGGCUGGGACCUCAGACGCACACAGAGCUCAACUGCCCCUCCUUUGAGGCUGCUGCAGAAGGCAGGCCCUGAGACGAAGAAACCAGCUGCUUUCACUUGCUGUGCUCCAAAGGAAAAGAAGGAAGGGAGGAAAAUAUCCCAGGGUCCGGACGUAAGCAGGGGUGGUGUUUGCAGACCCCCACAUCAUAGGCAUCGCCAGGCCCCUGCCUCUAAGAAACUGAGCUGGCUACAGCCCCUGGCAUGGAGGUUUCCUAGCCCAGCUCCCGUCAUGAGCAAUGGAAGCAGCAGUCCCUCCAUGGGCUGGAAGCAUGGGCUGAUCACUUCCGCUACCCAGGACCUGUGGGGCAUGGAUCCCCAAUGCAGGGAUGCCUUGGGAUGCUCCCCUCCGCAGGCUGUCCUGGUCCACGUUGCAGAGGGAGGGGGAAGGACUAUGCUGAGGAGAAGUGCUGAGACCUGCCAGAUACUCCCCAGGAGCUGUAAGGAGGACACAGGUACCACGGUGCAGGCGACGAGGGCACGGCUCUACAGGUACUGUCCAGCUGUGCACAUCAGCAAGAGCUGCCCAGCUCCACCUGCCACUCUGCCUCUCAAGCAGAGGUACCCACGGGCCGUAGCCCUCCCAGGCCUGGCCUUGGCUCUGUCCUCUCCCACCUUCCAGGCCACCGGAAACAUUUUGUUUGGAAGGAGGCAAGGACCAACUGUGGCCCGAGAUUUCUGCCAGAGAUGGGAGAAGAAAAACUGCAAGAGAGAUUUGUGGACUGAAGUGAAAGGCGCCCUCAGUAGUUAUAACGGAGAGAAGAGGAGAAGCCAAAUCAAUGGGAUACCAGGUAGGACCAGGGAAGCCGUGGAGUCAGAGGUGUGGGGUAGCACGUGA